AUGCUUUCAAGUCACAAAUCUACAAGUAAUGAAAAGAAAAAUCUCAUUGGUCUUACUUUACAAGAACUUAUUGACACACUUUCGGAAAGUAUUCCUACCAUCACACCUCAAAAAGCAACUCGAAUUUUCACACACAUUUACACACAGGGUCAAACGAAUUUUCAUGACAUGAAAGUGAUGAUUACGAAACGAGAAAUGGAUGAACUUGCAGAUAAAUUUGAAAUUCGAUAUCCUAUGAAUAUUUGUGCUGAAACGAUAAGUCCUCUCGACAAAACUCGAAAAUAUUUAUUUGAUUUACAUGAGGAUGAGAGAAAAGUAGAGGGAGUAGUUAUGCAUUUUCCAGAAAGGGAGAGAAUUACAAUGUGUGUUUCGAGUCAGGUGGGAUGUAGUAUGAAUUGUAGUUUUUGUCACACAGGAUCUCAGAAAUUAGAACGAAAUUUGACAGCAGCUGAAAUCGUUGGACAAGUCAUGCAUGCAAAACAAUUGUAUCAUAAUUUUCCAAUUCAUGCUUACUCGUUGCCAAUUCAGACAGAGAAGUAUCGAGAGAAGAGAAGGAAAAUAGUUGACAAUAAUUCAAUGAAUGAUAUACAAUUGCCAAUACCUGAUCAAAUGGAAAGAAUUACACAUAUUGUCUUUAUGGGACAAGGAGAGCCAUUAUACAAUCACAAGAAUGUUUUUAAGGCAGUGAAAAUCCUUAAUGAACAGCAUGGUCUCAAUAUUUCUCGAAAACGAAUUGGAAUUUCUACCUGUGGGGUUGUACCCAUCAUGAGACGUGUUGUGACAGAACUCGGCGUCGAUUUAUUAAUAUCACUUCAUGCCACCUAUAAUGAUUUACGAGAUGUUUUGGUUCCCAUUAAUAAGACCUAUCCGUUAGAGUAUUUAUUUGACACUCUGCGAGAAAUGAUUCAAAAGAAGGAACUCGAUCGAAAAGUGACUUUUGAAUAUGUCAUGCUUCGUGGUGUGAAUGACUCAAUUGCUGAGGCUCAUAGACUUGUUGAAUUAGUCAAGGGUAUUACUUGUGCCUUUCAUCUCAUUGAAUUUAAUACAUGGCCUGGAGCUCCGUACGAAUGCUCGACACCAGAAACCAUUGAUGCGUUUGGAGCAGUGCUGAGAAAUGCAGGCAUACGAACAGGUGUGAGAAGAUCCAAAGGAAAAGAUAUUCAAGCGGCAUGUGGUCAAUUGAAAACUUCGGAAAUUGUGAAAAGUAGACGUGCUGAACAAUUACGAAGAGUUUCAGCAAAAAUGUAA